AUGUUUAUGCCUGGGGGUGAACUGUCACAAGUUGACUUGCACCCGCGCACUAAACUGCAGAUUGUUUUGAUGGGACAUAUCCAAGGACAGCCCAACCUCACGACCAAGCAGAAGGCUCGCAUUGCCGGCAUGGUUGAAGCCAGGAUGUCUCAUGGGCGAGUUGCAAGGAUAGUGGGCUCGGGACAAACAAAAGUCUCUUCAACCGUUUCAUGGGCUCGGACUCAUGGGACCGUCAAAACCACUGUGAAUAGCGGCCAGCCUUUAUGGAAUAGCAAGCAAGACUUGAUGCAGCUGCAACGGUCCCUUGCAAGCCACCCCAAGUCAACCCUAGCAGAGGUGACCAAUACCAUGGCCACUCUGGUUUCAAGCUCAACCGUCCAACAAAGAGCUCACAAUAUUGGCAACGGUGGGCCAGCUACGCUAACCGUAGCGUUAGCGUAG